AUGCAGGAUGCAGAUGCGUGUGAUGUGUUGAAUGAUCUGAUUCUGCAGGUGUUUGUGCUGUUGUUCAUCUUUGUGAAAAGGCAGAUUAUGCGCUUCGCUAUGAAAUCUCGCAGAGGACCGCACGUCCCGCUGGGUCACAACGCACCAAAGGAGCUGAGAGAGGAGAUCGAUUCCCGUUUGUCAAAAGUGAACGACAUUCGUUAUGAGCCACAUCUACUCUCUAAAGAUGAUGAUCGACUGAAGCAUCAAGGCCAGAAUGGUUGUUAUAAUUAUCUCUUCAGAAUGCAAGCGUUAGAUGCUAUCAGAGACUCCGAUAUCCCGUCUCGUGAGUUGUGUUGCAGUGCCAGCGCUCUGACCGGCCGCCGCUACAGGAACUGGCUGCAGGACCUGCGAAACUCUCACUCUCUGUUCAAGUCAAAUCACAGUUCACUAAUAGAUCGCUUACUGGAGGGCUACGACAACGCUCGCCAUGGGACAGGGGUGUUUGGUGAGGCAGAGUUUGUGAAGUAUAAGGAUGAUCUGGCUGAACUGGCUGCUCUUGUAAAGACCCACUCCAGCACCACCAGUCUAAACCAGCAGCACCAGUCAGCAGCUAAAGAUCUGACCAGCUCUCCCGGCCCUUCGUCUGCCUCUACCAUUCAGGUCACGUACCUGCCGUCUACUGGACAGCGCAGCAAGAGGCCCAAACACUUCCUGGAGCUCAAAAACUUUAAAGACAACUAUAAUACGCUAGAAAGCACACUUUAGAGAAUGAAACCUGUUUGAAGAACUGUGUAAAUACACCUCAAAGACUGUGAUUCAGAAGUGUUCAUUGCUCACUGGAAAAUCCUUUAUGUAGAAAUGAAAACGGUGGGAGAUGCAGUAAAAUGGCCUCAAAUCACAUCGAGAAUGUGAGAAUGACUUAAUAUAUGACAAAAUCUGUGGGAUAAAUGUCAAUGCAACUUCUUUGAGAGCAAUGCAAGAAUGUUAUGUUUGUAGUUUUAAUGUUUUUCUGAUGGUUAAAAGCCACUGUUUACCAGCUUUUAUUCGCGAGAAUGGCCUUUUAAUGUGAAUAGGGAGUGUAAUGUUUAUAUCUUUAUUGUCCAAAGAGCACCAACAAAGCACCCUUUAGCUGAGAUGAUAAUAUUUUAACUGGAUUGACUUUUCUGGCAAAAACACGUGGAUUAAAAUCAGCUGAAUGGACAUUAAAAGGAUAGGUCACCCAAAAAUGAAAAUUCCGUCAUUUAUUAAGCACCCUUCACUUGUUCCAAACAAAAGAAGAUAUUUUGAAUGUUGGUAACAAUACAGUUGAUGGUAGCCAGUGACUUCCAUAGU